ACUUUGACAAUGAAUAUGUAUAGUGAUUUUAAUUGAAUGUAUAAUUCUACUGAUUUCUGCCAUUUAUCUAUUUUUUUCCCGGAAGUGAAGCUGUUAUAUAUUGAGCAGUUAUCACACAGUUCAUAUCUGAUUUUACAGAUAGUAUGGCAUGAUUUACUCUGUGGUGUAGGUUGUCAUCGUAUUAGCCAGUUUUAUAAAUUUCUGUUUUUAAUAGAGUUACUGUUAGUUUAAAAAAAAAAUUAUUUGAGAAUUGAACGUGAAUUGACAUUCUUUGGAAGAUGGAAAAUAACAAGCGGUUCAAUCCAUAUGUCAGCGUAGAUGCUGAAGAAGAAAUAGUUAUCUCUGGCAUUGCCGGACGAUUUCCUAAUUCUAACAAUAUAAAAGAAUUUCAGGACAAUCUUUUCAAUAAAAUCGAUCUUGGUUCGAGCGAUCAUCAACGCUGGACCAACUAUGUCUCCGAGAUGCCUCCUCGAAUAGGAAAAAUCAAUAAUACGCAAAAAUUAGAUGCAGAAUUCUUUAACAUAUCAGCCGAAGAAGCUCAUGUGAUUGAUCCUGGAUGCAGAAUGUUACUUGAGCAUACUUAUGAAGCAAUUAUUGAUGGGGGUGUAAAUCCCGCAGAAUUACAAGGAACAAACACAAGCGUUAUCACAGCAAUAUGUAUUUGUGAUACACAUCCGGAUUUAAUAUACGACAAAAUUCAUAUUGCUGGAUUACCCAUUCUUGGAUGCAAUAUAGGCAUGAUAGCAAACAGAAUUUCUUAUUGGCUCGGCGUUACUGGACCAUCGUAUAACAUCGAUACUGCAUGUAGCUCGAGAAGAUAUGUACAUUUGUGCCUCCAUCCUAAUAUAACUUACCAGUUUUUUCGUUUGGGAGUUUUAUCUAAUGAUGGCUACUGUAAACCUUACGAUGAAGAAGGCUCUGGUUACAUGCGUAGUGAUGCAGCUGUAGUAGUAUACCUACAAAAGGCAAAGGAUGCAAGAAGAAUCUAUGCGACCUUUGUCUAUGGUAAAACCAACUGCGAUGGCUUUAAAAAAGAAGGAAUUACCUUUCCAUCAUUUGACAAGCAAAAAAUAUUAUUGGAAGAAUUUUACGAAGAAUGUGAUAUUUCGCCUCUUGAAUUAUCUUACGUGGAGGGUCAUGCAACUGGUACUCUAGCCGGUGAUCCUGUAGAACUUCAAGCCAUCGAUGAAGCUAUAUGCGCUAAAAGACAGCUUCCUCUAUUAAUGGGUUCAGUGAAGUCAAAUAUUGGACAUUCAGAGCCGGUUAGCGGUCAUUGUCAAAUUGCAAAGGUUUUAAUAGCGAUGGAAACUGGUAUAAUGGCUCCUACUAUACAUUUUAAACAUCCACGAAAGAAUAUGACUGCUAUCAUUGAAGGAAGAAUAAAUAUAGUCACUGAACCGACAGAAUGUAAGGGUGGUUAUAUCGGUAUUAAUUCCUUCGGAUUUGGCGGUGCUAAUUGCCACAUAUUACUGAAAUCAAAUCCAACAAUUAAAGUCAAUAAUGGAGGAGACGAUAAUUUACCUAGACUCGUAGCCUUAUCUGGAUGUACGGAGGAAGCAGUUAAAAUUAUAUUAGAAGACGUACAGAGCCGGCCAAUAGAUGUAGAAUAUAUAUCCUUGCUACAUCAUAUUCAUAGCGACAAUAUAAAAGGGCAUUUCUACAGAGGAUACAUGAUUGCUGGAUCUAACGUAUCCGAUAACGCAAUAAUUAAAAUGAAACGCAACGUACGUACGAGAAGACCGAUUUGCUUCAUAUUUUCUGGAAUUGGAUUUCAGUGUCUUAACAUGGGUAAGUAAAUCAUAAAAAUAUCACAUUACAAUAGAGACAUCUCUCAAGAAGAGACAUCUCUCAAAGGGAGAUUAUUACAUAUACAUAAUAGUAUUCUAAAUUUAGAAUGCUAAAUUUAUAAUAUUUUAUAAUAUUAUUUUGUUCAACAGAAAAAUACAUUAGAGAAAUGUAAUAAAAAAUUAUAUGUAUUGCAGAUCGGAAUAGUUGAUCUUUUAACAAGCAUUGGUAUAACUCCUGAUAUUAUAAUGGGUCAUUCCAUUGGCGAGUUGAUUUGUGGGUAUGCCGAUCGAUGUUUGACGGCCGAAGAAACGAUCAUGUUAGCAUAUUAUGUCGGCUUAGCAUUUCUUAAGUCAAAAAUAAUAGAUGGCUUAAUGGCUGAAAUUAAUCUCGAUUCUAAAACUAUGAAAAAUAUCUGUCCAUCAGAUAUUGAUAUAGCUUGUUACAAUAAUUCACGUAAUUCUAUUGUGAGUGGACCAACGACCUCUGUAAGAGCAUUCCUCGCUAAGUUACAGAAUAACAAUAUUUCUGUAAAAGAAAUUUCCUUUGGACGUAUACCUUUUCAUAGUCGUUACAUCGAGCCCGCAAGAGUUAAACUUUUGGAAUACUUGAAUCAAAUAUUGCCACAACAAGCGUCUCCAAGCUCAAAGUGGUUGAGCGUGUUGAAUGAGUCUUAUGAAUGGUUCGGCGCAUCUCCAAAGUCAAGUCUAGCCGAAUAUUAUGCAAACUAUUUGCUCGCCCCCGUAUUAUUUUCAGAAACUCUGCGUUUUAUUCCAAACGAGGCAGUGACGAUUGAGAUAGCGCCACACGACAUUCUACAAUACAUUCUUAAUGAUUCCUUAAAGACAACAGCGACAAAUAUCGCCUUAUACAAAUUCUCUCACAAACCAAAUAUUGAAAUAUUUUUACACGGAAUUGGAAAACUUUACAAUGCAGGAUUACAGCCGCAAAUCGCAAAUUUAUAUCCACAAGUUAAGUUUCCUGUAAGUCGUGGUACACCGAUGAUUUCACACCUUAUAAGAUGGGAUCAUUCCAAAGAUUGGUAUAUGUAUCGUUAUAUCGGACAAAGAACAACUGACAAAGAAAAAGCAAUUGUUACUAUUAAUGUGUUGGAGGAAGAUUUUAUAUAUAUGACUGGACAUAUCAUUAAUGGAAAAAAUUUAUUACCGGCUACAGGAUAUCUUUUACUUAUAUGGCAGAUGAUCGGCUGGUUAAAGAAACAAAAUUAUCUCGAUAUACCAAUUGUAUUUGAAGAUGUAAAUUUUCUACGCUCUACAAUAUUAACAAAACAAAGGCCAGUCGAUUUAACUCUUAUGGUGCAAAAAGGUAGUGGCAAAUUCGAGAUAAUCGAAGGAAGCAAUGCUGUUGUUACUGGAACAGUACGAAUUCCAACUAAUAUCGAAUACGAGAAAAUAUGUACUACAUUUAUCGAUCGAAAUGACAAUGAUGAAGAGGAGAUGAGUACGAAAGAUAUUUAUAAAGAAUUGAAGCUCCGUGGUUAUCAAUAUACUGGCGAAUUUCGUGGAUUAAAAAGCGCGUCAAUUAGGGGAAAGAAUGGUCAUAUUGUCUGGACUGACAACUGGACAACAUUUAUGGACAACAUGUUACAGAUGAUGAUUUUAGGACUGGAUUCGAGAAGUCUCUUCGUACCAACAAGAAUUCGUAAAGUAGUAAUCGACCCAGAAUUUCAUAUAAAACAAAUUAAAAAGCUUCCAAAUGAAGAAAAACAAAUCCUUGUACAAAAUUAUAAGCAUUUAGAUGUUUUGAUAUCCGGAGGAAUUGAAAUAAGUGGCGUCGUGGCUACAACUAUAUCUCGCCAACAAAGAACAAUUCAUCCCGUUCUUGAAGAGUACAAGUUUGUUGCUCAUCGGGAUCUAGAUGUAAUGUCUUUAGAGGACAUAACAAGAAUGUCGGUGCAUAUUGCACUCGAGUGUUACAAUAUGAUAAACGUAAAAAUCAUCGAAUUUGUGGAGAAUAGCGAUCAAGUGAUGCCGGAGAAUUUAAAUUGUUUAUUUGUGAAUAAAGUUCUAGAUGAUUUACCGCAAAUUCAAUCCGAUAUCAAACUGGUAGCAACACACGAGCGGUUAAAAGAUAUCGCUUUGCCUGAUAAUAUUUCUACAAUAGAAUUUGAUAAACUGACAAAAAAUGAAAAUUGUUUGAUGAUUAUAGGUUCCGGAAUUUUAACAAAAAAUAAAAACAAAUUGUAUGAACAAUCAUUAUCUGUCAUGAUGCCAAAGGGAUUUCUUCUAACAUUCGAAGAAUUGGAUGCUAUCUACGACUACUCAUGUCUAAAUAAGUAUGGGUUAAAAGUAAUUUUGGAGAAACGCACCAACGAUAAGACAAUUAUAUUAUUAAGAAAAAUACGCGAUAUUAAUAAGAGGAAUCUACAGAUUGUGCAUGUAAACAAUUAUGAAUUCUCAUGGAUAGACAGGCUUAAAUCAUUCAUGGACACAGAAAAUGAAACUACGAGGAUUAUAGUCGUCGCAGAAGGGGACUUCGAAUGCGGACUAAUCGGCCUUGUAAAUUGUUUGCGAAAAGAACCGGGCGGUAAAAUAAUUAGAGGUGUAUUUGUUCAAGAUAAAGAUGCACCUACUUUUUCAUUGCAAGAAUCAUUGUACAUGCAGCAACUACAGCUGGAUUUAUCCAUCAAUGUUAUACGUUCUGGUAGCAUUUGGGGUUCUUACAGGCAUUUUCCAUUACCAUUACGACAACCAAAACUCGUACAGAGUGCUUAUGUUUCUCAAAUGGUGCAAGGUGAUCUCAGCACUUUUUGUUGGGUGCAAAACAGAAUAUCUUUAAUCAACAAUGACGAAGAAAAUCAGAUAAGAAUUGUCUAUGCGUCUAUCAAUUUUAAAGAUAUCAUGAUAGCUAGCGGUAGACUUAUUUCGACUUCUGUCGCGUCUCUCGAACGAAAUAAUAGCAUUUUAAUCGGAAUGGAAUUUGUUGGUUUUAAUAAAAAUGGACAAAGAAUAAUGGGACUGUGUUCAAAUGGUGGAUUUGCAAAUAUUUGCGUAGCUGAUAAAUAUCUCAGUUGGAUCAUACCUGAUGAGUGGACGAUGGAAGACGCCGCAACUGUUCCUUGCGUAUAUAGCACAUGCUAUUAUGCUUUGUAUUUGAGAGGUAAAAUGAAAAAAGGCGACAAAGUGUUAAUUCAUUCUGGUACGGGAGGCAUUGGUCAAGCAGCAAUUCACCUUGCACUUUACGAAGGUUGCGAAGUGUUUACAACGGUUGGGAGUAUCGAGAAACAACACUUUAUAAGAGAAACAUUUCCCUCUAUUUCCGAGGAUCAUAUCGGAAACUCUCGAGACACGAGUUUUGAACAAAUGAUUAUGCAGAAGACCGAAGGUCACGGAGUGGAUAUCGUAUUGAAUUCUUUAGCUGAAGAAAAACUGCAAGCAUCCAUCCGUUGCUUAGCAAAGGGUGGUCGUUUCCUCGAAAUUGGAAAGUUUGAUAUGGUUUCCAAUAAUCUUUUAGAAAUAUUUGCAUUCUCAAAAGGCAUUAAUUUCUACGGUAUAAUGUUGGAUAAUCUAUUUCGUACAAAACAAGAGAGUAAAGUAAUAUUGUGGAAUAUAAUAAUAGAAGGUAUAAAGAAAAGGGCUAUCAAACCGUUAUGCAGAAAAGUCUUUGAAAAGGAUGAAAUAGAAACUGCGUUUAGAUAUAUGGCUGCUGGAAAACAUAUUGGCAAAGUAGAUCAUUUUUUAAUAUACGUACAAAAAAGAGUAACUAAACUUGAAAUACUAAAUUCUCAAAAAAGCACAGUUUUUGUUCUCUUUGUGUUAUCCUUAAUAUUAGCUUUUAUUUAUAAUAUUAUAUAACUAGGUGGUUUUGGUCUAGAAUUAAUUGAUUGGUUAAUUCAACGUGGUGCAAAAAAUCUAGUAGUGACUUCGCGAACUGGGAUAAAAAGCGGUUAUCAACAAUCAAGAGUAACGUUAUGGCAUUCUUACGGUAUAAAUGUACAAAUCGUUACAGGUACUGAUACUUCAAGAUAUAAAGACUGUGAAUCUAUAUUAAAAUUUGCCGAAGAACAAGGUCCUGUGGAUGCUAUAUUCAAUCUUGCAGUUGUGUUAAAAGAUGGCAUAGUCAAGAAUCAAUCCCCACAAACAUUUGAAGAAUCUUUCGUAUCAAAGGCAUGGACGACGAAAAAGAUGGACGAAUUAUCGAGAACAAUUUGCACUCAACUUCGACAUUUUAUCGUUUUUUCUUCCGUUUCAUGCGGAAGAGGUAACGCAAGCCAAACAAAUUACGGAAUGGCUAAUUCCGUAAUGGAAAGAAUUUGUGAAAGAAGAAUGAAAGAAGGUUUACAUGGUUUGGCUAUACAGUGGGGCGCAAUCGGUGAAGUUGGGCUUGUCGCAGACAUGCAAGAAAAUGACAAAGAACUUGUUAUUGGAGGUACAUUGCAACAAGGAAUAUCCUCUUGCUUGGACACAUUAGAAAUAUUUUUGCUACAAGAUCGGCCAAUCGUAAGUAGCAUGGUUGUUGCUGAGAAAAAAAAUUCUAGCCAAGCAAUGAAUCCACUUGAAGCGGUUGCAAAUAUUAUGGGAUUGAAAAAUAUGAACACAGUGGCGCCAAAUAUAUUACUGGCUGCGCUAGGCAUGGAUUCAAUGAUGGCAGUAGAAAUUAAACAGACAUUGGAGAGAGAAUUUGAUAUUUUAUUGACAGAACAAGAUAUUCGAAAUCUCAAUUUUGCUGCACUUAAAAAAAUGACAAAUGCAAUCGAGCAAGAAAAGAGGCACGAUGCUACUGAAGCUGCUACAAAUAAUUUGGACGGUUUCGAAAUAUUGACACAAAAAUUUAAGGAUUCUGAUUUCAGUCCAGAUAUUUAUGUAGAACUCGAUACAAAAAGGGAAGUUGCUGAAAACAUAGUAUUCCUUAUACCAGGUAUCGAUGGAUCUGCAAGCGUAUAUAAACUGAUAGAAUCGAAAAUUAAAUCUUUGGCGACGUGUUUGCAACACAGUGCACUUAAUAUGCCGGAUGUUACUCGUUCAAUAAUGAAAUCAGCAGCAUAUCUUCUGCCUUACAUAAUGGAGAAAAUGGAAGAUCAAAAAGAAUUCUUAAUUGUGGGUUAUUCAUUUGGAUCCUUAAUUGCUAUUGAGUUAGCAAGAUUAUUAGAAGCUAAGAAUUUCGUUGGACGGUUAUUACUUAUAGAUGGAGCUCCUGAUUGGAUGAAAUUUUUGAUUGAAUUUCAUAAUUAUACUUCACAACAAAAACUACAAAAUGACAUUCUACUUCGUUUCAUGAAAAUGUAUCUCAAAUCUGACAAUGAAAUGCCUGCGUUAGAGCUGAAUAAGUGCAGUACAUGGGAGGAAAAAUUAGAACUAUUUACUGCUCACUUUUCGGAGAAGAUCAAUGUAUUAAGUGUUGAAAAUCAAAAAUUCUUAUGUACAACGGUUUACGAUCAUCUAAUGGCUGUACAAGAUUAUGAUAUAUCUUUAUUGCCACCUUUAAAAUCAUCUAUAAUACUGUUAAAACCCACACUUACGCCAAUCACUUUUCCUGAGGAGGAUUAUGGUUUACAUAAGGUUACUGAAAGUGAAGUGAAAAUACAUUACGUACAAGGUUCUCAUAUCACAAUGAUGAACAAAAUAGCAUCAUUUAUUAACGAUGAAUUCUAAAAUAGAUAGCUCUGUAUCAAUAUUAAAUUUUCACUUAAACAAUAUUAUUGGAAAAAUUAUAUACUUAAAUAUUUCUUUUUAUUAAAGAAAAAAUAUAAAAUUUGUGAAAAUGUGAAUACUUAAAAGUAUGACAAAAAGUUUGACAAAAUAAAAAUUAGAUCUAUAUAUAUUUGUUUAUAUGAGUAUGCAGUGUGUCCGGUAAUAACUGUACCACGGGUACCACUGUACAGCGGGUUAGACCGAGUAGGCAAGUUUUCUACCAUUUUGCCAUAAUUAAUGAGAAACUAAUUUUAAAAAAUUGACUAAUCCGUGCGAGUAUAAGUACGCGGCGAAAAUGAACAUUCCGCUUUUACGCGGUUGCUAGACGCGAUACAUAAUUAAACUUGAUUAUUAAUUAAUUAUUGAUUGCUGGAUUAUUAAUCUCUGUGUGUUUUAUCGCACAGAAAUUAUUGGAAAAAUCACAUAAUGCAAGAGAAUUUUUCUAUUUGGUUUAAUUUGUUCUACUUAUACAAAAGUGCUGGUGAUACAGUAAUGCUUAUACGCAUCAAUAUAUGUAUGAUUAUGUUAUUAUACAUAUACAAGAUCUAGAAGAAAAUAAAUCCAGAAAACAGGAAGAAAAAUUUAUUACUAGCUUAUCACGUCCAAAAUAAUUAUUUCACAAUUAUGUUUGAAAUUAAAAGCAGACAAUUCUAGCCAAAAUAGAAUUCUAUAAAACUGACUAAUGAUGAUUGCAACUUAUACCAGAGAGUGAUGUGAUUUUUUUAAAGAUUUAUUUAAUAAAAAGGAAAUUUUUUUCUGGAAAGAAUUAUAUAAACAGCAUAUAUUAUAACAAAUUUUAUAUAUACCAUAUUGAAUUUGAGCGGACACAAUCACAACAUGUCUUAAUGCUCAAUCUCUUAUUGUCAAUCAUACAACAGAUUUUAAAACACGAUAUAAUUUUAAUAAGAUAUAAUUUUAUCUUUAUAGAUAUAAUUUUAAUACAGAAGUUAAACUGUAUAGGUAUUUUACAGAUAUAAUUUUAAUAUAGAUGUUAAACUGUAUACAAACUGUAUAAUCAAUAAUAAU